AAAGUACUUAAACUAGUCUCGUGUAAGCAAAGAGACGAUCCUUAUAAAAGAUUUUGAGAGAUGGAGCUUGCACCCUUAGCCCCCCAAGCGUCUCCCUCGUUCUCAAAAGAUGUACCAAGUUACAAGGUCCAGCGCGCAAAUGACCUUUACUUUCGCUCCUCGCUACUACAUUCCAAUUCACGUAAAAGGCGGCAAACGAAGUGCUUUUUAUCGUCCGCUUUGCCUGAAACUGCUGCAUCAGUGCUUAUUGCGUCGGUGGCUGUCGGCACUGCGGCAACUCUCCUUGCGAGGAACAUAAAAGCUUCUCAAACCGCCACUAGCUCUUUGAAAGUUUGUGAGGAUUGUGGCGGUUCCGGUAUCUGUGCCGAAUGUAAUGGGGAGGGAUUUAUACUCAAGAAAAUCUCGGACGAGAGCGCGGAGAAAGCGAGAAUGGCUGCAAAGAGUAUGGCCACUCGGUACACAGCUGGGCUUCCGAAGAAAUGGACCUACUGCUCCAAAUGCUCUUCAGCUCGGUCUUGCAGUACUUGCGGAGGAUCUGGGCGAAUUGGCUGACUCAUGCCUGAUUGUCGCAUACGCCAAUUUUCAGAUUUGGCUGCGAAUGCGAAUGCGAAUGGUUGAAUGAUCUAGAAGGCAUCUAUCGGCAAAUUAUCACUACGCAUGACUCCGUGCCUGCUCCGAUAGUCGAAGAAAUGAGCAUGUUAUUUUGCAGAGUUGAUUUUAUUUGCUUUAGAACCGCGUGUUUGACUCUUGAUAAUCUUUAAUUUGCUAUUCUUGUUUAUGGUAAAUUUAUUUUUAUUUCAGAUUUGUAAUUAAUGACAACUUUCUCAUGGAGCCCUACCUUUGUGUGUGUAUUAGUUAGUAGUGUCUGAUUGAUUACA